AUGACCGACAGCAUUGAAAUGAUGUGGGGCAAUACGCAGGUGCUCUAUGAUAGCUAUGGCCACCAAACCAUGUCACUGACCCUUGACCAGUGGACGACUUCGGCGUUCCGCUCCAAGAGCCAGUACCUCUUUGGGAGGUUUGACAUUGACAUCAAACUUGUCCCCAAGGAAUCUGCUGGCACAGUCACCACAGUAUAUAUGGUAACUGAGGGACCAUGGCAGUACCAUGAUGAGAUCGGCCUUGAGUUCUUAGGGAACGCCAGCGGUGAACCAUACACCCUUCACACAAACAUCUAUACCAUGAUGAGAUCGACCUUGAGUUCUUAG